GCGCUUUAGGAAGUAAACGUUUGAUCAUGUGACGCUUGCAGCUAGCAAGAAGUUAGUGUCCACCUUUAUAAUUUGUUACUUCAAUUAACUUAAAUUUACGUUUAUGCACCUCUAUUUUCAGUUAUCAGUUAUCGAUCGAUAAUGUUGCUGGUAUUAUCUGAAGAACAUAAAGAGCAUUUAGGAUUUCUACAGGAGGUAGACUCAUCAGUUGUUGGUGAAUUUGGACGAAUAGCUGUCGAGUUCCUCAGAAAAGGAUCAAAUCCUAAAAUAUACGAGGGCGCAGCAAGGAAACUGAAUGUGUCUGCUGAAACAGUUCAACAUGGUGUGGAGGGAUUGGUGUACCUUCUAACUGAAAGCUCUAAACUGAAGAUUUCAGAGUUGGAUUUCCAGGAUUCUGUGUUGGUGCUCGGCUUUUCUGAGGAACUAAACGAGCUUCUACUACAACUGUAUCUGGACAACAGGAAGGAAAUCCGGCAUAUUUUGAGUCAACUUGCUCCAGCUCUGCCCCACUACCACAAUCUGGAAUGGCGCCUUGAUGUGCAGCUGGCUAGUCGAACACUGCGACAGCAGGUGAAGCCCACGGUCACUCUGAAGCUGCACCUGGACAACAGCGGCUCACAGAGUGCCCGUGUGCUUCAGACAGACCCAGCCACACUGCUGCACCUCAUCGCCGAGCUGGAGCGAGCGCUUGCCGAGGCAAAGACCAACCACUGCCGCCGCAUCAUGCGUAACAUCAAAUAGACUGCACCAUUUCUGGAGAGUGCUCCUGCCUGGUCUGGUCACAAGGGGGCGAUGAUGAUCCUCGGUCGAUCCCAUGUCUGGACAGGGGAGGCAGGGAAGAUUGGCAGCUUUCAAGAGGCACUUGCAUUAACACCACUGAACUACACUACAUUGUAGAACAGUUUUUUAAAGAGAUUCUUUUCUAUUUUGUUGUCCUUGAAAUGUUUUGUACACAUUCCGCUGAUCAUCUUUGUAGAAGAUGCCAUGUGCUCAAAUAAUACUUUAGAAGUUAAAAAGUGGUCUUAUGUUUGUAAGGGCAUUAGUCUAAUAUUGUGCACAGCUUCAUUUGGUGAGCCUUCUCCAUUGCCUCCAUUAUUGCUUGUAUUCUGGAAAUUAAGUGCUUGGCUUCUGUGUAAUCAUUCACACGAUGUUGUGUUGCAGAUGUCCUUUCUGUUUUUAUGCCUUACAGGAAUAUUGAGUCAUACAGUACGUUUAUUAUGUCAUUCAUUUACUAAUAUAGCUGACUCCUGUCUUUAGGGAUCUGAUUUCCAAGCGCAGUUUUCUUCAGGACCAGAUUAGCAGGAAGUGCGUGGGCGGCUUGCGGAGGAGUUAAGAUAUUGCACUGUGUGAUAACUCGAGUCUGUGUGAUGUCAGCCGGUCAUAGGUAAGAGGCUGAUCAACAUAAUGCUGUUCCUUGCGCCUGUUCACAUGGUGCUUGUCUGAAUACAAGGCAUAUGGUAUGACAAAUUUUGCUAGAGAAAUGGACAGAUCAUGGAUUUUACUUCAUUGAAUGAUACCCUUCAUGAAUAAAGAUAAAAUGCCUGAG